AUGGCUAGAACAGAAACUGGCAGUUCCACACUCGAGCCGGAGCUUUACAUGGAUAUUACCGAGGCAGACUGGCUUUCGGCGGCAGCCGUUGAACUGAGUAUUUUGCAAGUCUCCCUACCCAUCGACUCCGCUGGAGGACAACAGUUCCUGGACUUGGGCUGCGGCACUGGGAUCGUGACGCGCGACGUGCUGCUACCCCGUUGCCCGCCAUUCAGAAGGAUCGUGGCCGUCGACGCUUCCCGGGACAUGGUGGAGUACGCCAUGAGGCACUUCGCCCACGUCAAGAUCUGCUACGACGUCCUGGACAUUGUCGCGGAUGACGUGUCCGGCUUCGUUGAGAGGUACGGCCAGUUUGACCGCGUCUACUCGCAGUUCUGUCUGAACUGGAUCAGAGACCAAGCAAAGGCCCUCAAGAACGUCACCAAGCUGAUGAAACCGGGUGGUGUUGCCUUGUUUAGGUUCUACGCAUCUACACCGCUCAUGCGAUUUCGUCGGAAAUUGGCUGGGAUGGAGCGCUGGAAAAAGUACGCGAAGAUUUGUGAAGACUGCAUUCCUCCAAGCCUCGACCAUAUUGGCAGAGAAGCGCUCAUCUCUUACAUGUUGGGUCUUUUGAAGAACGCCGGACUGACCCCUUCGAUUUGCGAUGUUAAAACGGACCGGGAUUCUUUCUACACCAACCCAGGGCGCGUCAUUCAAGACUUGCAGACCCUGAACCCAUUGAGAGCCUAUCUGACGCGGGAAGAGCUGCCGCUACUUCUGGAAGAUGCUACAAAGGAAGGAAUCCGGCUGUGGGCUGACAGGGAAGCCGGUGGCUCUUUGCUAGACUUCCAGGUCUUUGUUUUGCGAGCCUUCAAGCCUGGACCUAAGUAGCGUACGAAAUACCGUCGGCAGAUAUUGAUCUUUGUUUUUGGUGGUUUAUUCAGUUAUGAAUUGUGGUUUCCUUUGUAAAAAGAAAAACGCAAAUCAGCAUUAUGUUGUGCUUCUCCAGCUAGAUGAGCGGUGAUUUAGCGGCUGAGGUGAAUAUAUUUUAUUGUAAGAGAUAUGUGUGGUAACGUUGUUGGAGGCACUGGUGUCAACGCGCGGGUUCGGUAAAACUCGCUUUUUACGAGUAGUAGUGAAAAUAAACGUUGUUUUUUCAGGACUCUAACCUCGCAUUAGAAAAAGAAGCCCUUUUUUUCUGUCUUGCCGAGAUUAUACCACACAGCAAAAAGAACUUAUAUUUCAAUAUCUCAGCGAAUACACCGGUAUCGGAAGCCACGUUUAAACACAGCUCAACGUCUGUUCUCUAGCGAAAACCUCACUCAACCCUACCAUUCUAAAUGCGUAGGACUUAACGUUUAUGAUAAGGGAACGUUGCAACGACACGUAAAAGAACAUCUAAAAGAUGUGCAUGAAUGUUCCAAUAUUUCAUAUAAAUUACGGCACGUUUUUCUUUUCUUUUAUCAAAACGAGUCAAAUCCAAUGUUACUGCUUUAUCAUACGCGCGGUUUAUGCACCGCUGUUAGCGUGCAGUUUUAUAACAGCCAGACAAUGUGCACAUCGAUUAAUGCAACUCGUUAAAAAGUAGUUCAUCCCUUCCUUUUCCUAUUAAAAAACGUCAUUGUUUGCACCGUGCCGUGGCCUCCUAUAUACCGACAAAGCCUCAAAGAUCGCCAAACGAAGGGGCCGCCAAAAUGGGAAAGGUGAAGCGACAGAAAACGGAUGAGAGGAGAGCCACAUUACGGCGCCCUAGUGCCAGGAGACGCUGAAACACACUUCUCCCGAGCGAACAAGUCUGCUUCGGGUCCUCGCCGCUGCAAAAG